CGUUAUGUUGGGUUUAUAUAUUAGUUACCACUCUCCUCACCCCAGUGAUCAUCGUGCACGAGAAAUGGUGACGAAUCAUAUCAAUGAAAAAAAAAAAUCCCGAUAACACAGCAUCUGACACAGCCGGUGUAUUUGUAAUUCGUGGGAUAGGUUCAGUCCAUCUCCAUGGUUUUGUGUUGAAUCGUUUAUUGUAAUUGUUUAUGGAGUGAAAGAUGAAUCUCAAUGCGGGCAAUCCGCACGCCAACGGCUUGAUUUACGCCGGUUUCAAUCAGGACCAAGGAUGUUUUGCUUGUGGAAUGGAGAAUGGCUACAGAGUCUACAACUGUGAUCCCCUUAAGGAGAAGGAGAGGCAUGACUUUAAUGACGGAGGGCUUGGAUAUGUAGAGAUGCUUUUUAGGUGUAAUUAUCUGGCACUUGUCGGAGGGGGUAGUAAACCCAUUCAUCCAACGAAUAGAGUUGUGAUAUGGGACGACCUGAAGAAACUACCAGCAAUUACACUAGAGUUCAAUGCCCCAGUGAAAGGAGUUAAGUUGAGGAGAGAUAGGAUAGUUGCUAUUUUAGAGGGUGUCAUCAAGGUCUACACAUUCACCCAAAAUCCAGUACAACUCCACGUAUUCGAGACCAAUCCAAACCCCCGAGGACUGUGUGUACUAUGUCCAAACAGUGAUAACUCACUCCUUGCUUUUCCUGGUAGAAAAAAUGGACAUGUUCAAAUAAUUGAUUUGGCAAAUACCGAGAAGCAACCGUUGAACAUCGAAGCCCAUGAAACGCCACUGUCAUGCAUUGCACUGAAUCUACAAGGGACUAGACUAGCUACGGCUUCGGAAAAAGGAACUCUGAUCCGUGUUUUCGAUACGCAGAGUGGGAAUAUGAUUAACGAAUUGCGGCGUGGGGCCAAUCACGCCAAUAUUUACUGCAUAAAUUUUAAUCACGACUCGACAUGGCUGUGUGUUGCAAGCGACCACGGAACAGUACACGUAUUUGCGGUUGAGGAUCAAAAAUUGAAUCGUCAAUCGAGUCUUGCCUCCGCCACGUUUCUGCCAAAGUACUUCAGCUCGAGCUGGAGUUUCUGCAAGUUUCAAGUGCCAGGUGGUUCCCAGUGCAUGUGCGCCUUUGGCACGAAUAAUAGUAUUAUAGUAAUUUGUGCAGAUGGUAGCUACUACAAAUUUGUGUUCAACAACAAAGGCGAGUGCACACGAGAUUUCUACGCGCAAUUUCUUGACAUGACAGACGAAAAAAUGUGACCCGACUCAGAGUCCCAGAGCGACUGAAUAAAGAACAAUAUUCAAUUAUUUGAAAAUAAUUUCACUUUGGAGUUUCUGUGCAGUGUGUCAAUUACGAGAAAUGAACAUUUGUUUGAUGAGUGCUGAGGACAGUUCGAAGGAGACACUGAAGAGUCAAGGACACAGUGAACAUUGAACAGAGUGUGGUUCUCGUAUGUAUUAUUCGUUGAAAUAAUAUCUUGUGUGCAGUUUAAUGACAGAGUGUAAACUAGUUGGAAACUAGAUUCGUUGAGGGAGGAAUAAGAGGCCCUAUUGCCAAAUAUUCUGAGAUUGUGCUGGUAACAGGAGUUGUAACGAUGCCCAUUAAUUAGGCAUAGAUUAUUAGGGGUACGAGCCCCACCCAAAGUUUAUAAACAAAUAGUCAUCGAUAUUACCAAAUUGAUUUUCACCAGGCUGAAGGAACAUAAUCAAGUGCAUAGUAAUUAAUUUAAUUUGAUCCAGUGAAUUUUAUCAGAAUGUCUCGUAGUCUAUUCUCAAGAGGACGCGUCAGUCAUAUCUAAUUGAAUUUUCAUUCUUCAGUCGCAAAUAAGUCGAUUGAAACUGUAGAUUAAAUUUUUAGUUGACCAAUGAGUUUAUGCCGAGAAAUUGACAACAAAAUUCUGUUCGAAACGAACUUACGUGUCCCCUCGAGCCCCAAAACUCACCGGUGAGUCAGACGAUGAAAUAGAAAAAAACUUAGACUUGUUCAAGCUUUAUUAAUAGUUUAAUCGCACACUCAUAAUACACAUACAUAGGAGGAAGUGACUACUCUAUGAAUGCGGUAAUUGCCAUGAGUUUGGUGAGACAUAAUCACUUCUAACCGAUAUAAAAGAAACAUUGCAGUGUUUCGAAUGAAAAAAUUUCACCUAAACCUAAUCCACUGAAUUAACGAAGAAACUAUCAGCCAUCUUGCCUAGAAUUUUCAAUAUAAAAAACGAAUAUAUUAAAAAAAUAAACGAUUAAAAUCUA